AUGAAAGCGAUGGCCGACCAAGAAGUGAAUGAAGGGGUGGGCGAUGGGGACCAGAUGGACGCGAACCCACCGGCCUCUGGAUCUAAUUCCAACGGCCCACCGACGGCUCACUCGCCAACACACGGUGUCCUCCAUAUACACGAGGACUCCAUUGACUACGAUAUGCGACACAAGAACUUCGGUAAAUGUAUUAUUUUGAACCACGAGUUCUUCAAACGCAGUGAUGUCUGUCCGCCG